UCGAGUCUUUACUCCCUUCUCCAGUUAUGGGAAGGAAAAACAUUUGCAUAUAACCAUAUCUCUCCAUAUGUAUAUAUAUAAGAACUUCAUUCAAUCUCGUCACAUCUGACGAACGAGGUUGACAGCAGCGGUUCAUACAUUUAAUUUAAGCUGUUUGUAAAUUUAUUCCAAGACUUCACUUAACAUCUAUUUUUCUUCACCGCGGCUCUCAAUAUAUAUAUAAAAGUUUGAAUUUUCAACACCCGCUUUUUACAAGGAGAACAACAACCACAGCAAGAAAUGACAGUCAAAUUAUCUCCUUCAGUCCUUUGGCGGCAUUUGCUAUUUACCACUAUCAUCUUUUCUGAACUUUUCCUGGCGUCAGUGUUCGCUUGCAGCUGUAUGCUUUCUCAUCCACAAUCGCUGUACUGUCAGUCGGAAUACGUUGUAAAAGCCUUGGUGGUAAAGCCCGUGCAGAGAUUUGAUUACAUAAAACCAUCAACAACUACUCUAAAAAUUAUAAGAAUUUUUAAGGGUAAUGAAUCAAGUCUGAGCGAGAUGGGCACUUAUCCUUUGGUGACGCUCGAAAUGUCGCCUCUGUGUGAGGAUGGUUUCACAAAAGGAAACAAAUACCUCAUACAUGCAUCUUUCAAUAAUGGUUCUCUGAGAACGCAUUUAUGCUGGGGAAAUAAAUCCUGGUUUAGUCUCUCCAAAGUUAUGAGACGUGGACUGGCAAGAUACUAUAACCGUCAUUGCGAAUGCGAGCAUCCGCGUUUUGUUAUUUCUGAAUGUCACCAUAAACAUUCCUUCCUUUCAAAACGCAACAACCAAUGUGUUUGGGCGAGAACAAAAUACUUCAAGAAAUGUUGGGAGUGCGGAGUAAAGAAGAAGUGUACAGCCAGCGUCCAUUAAUUCAGACUAUUUUUUUUUCUUAAAUAUAAUUCUAUUUAUCAUAUUUCUAUAUUUAUAUUUUACGUAUACAUGUAGAAUAUGUUUGUGGGCUUUAAUUAAAAAUAUAAUAUUACAUCAUGUGA